UGUAUUCAUUCAACAGUUUUUAUCCAUGCAUUAUGGUCUUUAUUUGUCCAAACUGUUCUGUUGGGUUGCUAAAUCCGGUUCUUCGCAUUAAAAAUAAAUAAAAGCAAACAACAGCACACACAGGGCCUCCCUGUUGCUAUCGCUGUGUUUUGAUACAAACACAGUAACAAGAGACGUCAUUCGUUUUUUUUCUUCUUUGCAAACUAGCUGCUGCCAAGGCGCUGUUUCGUCACUGCCUCUACCAGUCCGCCGAAGUUACUGUUUUUUCCCGUUGUCGGAGCAACAAGGAAGGCGUGUCCUUGAACAUGAUUUAAUAAGUAGGGAAGCCCUCUUCACGCGGUCUGUCGGUCGUUCGGGCAAUAGAAGCCAGUCUCUCCAUGGCAGCGACUAUACCAAAGCGUAGAGGGAAUCCCCGGGUCUCGCCUCUUUCGUGAUCAAUUUGCAUCACCAUUCCACAACUGCUGCUGAACUUCUCCAUGUGCUGCUUCCUCUAGAUAUUGGCAUAACGCACACUACCGCUGUAUAAACCUAUGCAAAACAGGCUGUGCAGUUUCUGUACAGAAUAUUUGAAAUUUCUGAGGCGAAUACAAAAACAAGUUAUUUAUUGAUGAGGCAGCCACCAAGUGACUUCGAUAUGGCUCUGACCGGGACGCUUUUGCCAUCCAUAUCUACUUUCGCCGGCGUCGAGGACAAGUCCAUGGGACCUGAACCUGCUAACACUAGAUGGAAAGAGGAGCUGUCCCAUCUGAAGAGAGCAUGUGCUCCUGCUGGAGCAACAGGACCAGGCCAGGAUAACCCCACUGCCUUGACCAAAAAAGAGCCUGAAGACCUGGACUUGUUGGACUAUGAUUUUAUCCUGUCAAACUCUAUGCAGCAACAAGAGCCAGUAAUCACCACUUCCAAGAACUUGGCUCCAUCUCCUGGCUCAUACCCCUAUCAACUGCCAUCACCCCAGGGCACUGCCAGCAAUGUGUUAUACAACAGGGACACCUCUGCCUCAUUCACUAUCCCAGACAUCAAUGAUGUUUCCCCCUCUGGGGGCUUUGUGGCAGAGCUCAUGAGGCCAGAACUAGAUCCAGCAUAUUUGCAGAUUACUAGUUUACAUGGAAAAUUUGUUGUCAAGACCACUAUGGAUAUGGCGGACUACAGCCAGACCAUAAAUAUCAGCAAAAGCAGUACUGUCGCAAAUGCCUCUCUGCCCUUCACCUGUCACAGAAUCAAACAGGAGAAUCCCAGCACUUGCACCGUCACCAGACCUGUGGAUCUGCACCAAGGAAGUAAGUCAGCCUCUGGGAGUAGCCAAAAAUCCCUGGUGGACCAGCACAACUUUCCUUCUGGGCAGCCAGUGACAGGUUGCCCUUCCACAUCACUCUCUGCAGAGGAAGUCAUGAAUAGAGAACACCAUCUCUCCCCAGAGGUUUUAAACCACCCACCACUGUCUCUUCCCCAGGGCUACCAUACUUCUGUUAACUACCCUUCUUUCCAGCAGCAAUCUUCACUGCAAUACCAAGAGCUCAUGUCCCAAGGAAACUGCUUGCCAGAGGAACCCAAACCCAGACGAGGCCGUCGAUCUUGGCCAAGGAAAAGGAUAGCAACCCACACAUGUGACUAUGUGGGCUGUGGCAAAACCUACACUAAGAGCUCUCACCUCAAGGCACAUCAUCGUACUCACACAGGAGAGAAGCCUUAUCAUUGUGAUUGGGAGGGAUGUGGCUGGAAAUUUGCCCGCUCUGAUGAACUGACACGCCACUACAGGAAACACACAGGACAUCGCCCAUUCCAGUGUCAGAAAUGUGACCGGGCUUUUUCAAGGUCAGAUCAUCUGGCAUUGCACAUGAAGCGGCACUUGUAAAUUGACAGUCAAAAAAUAGGACCUGUACUAAACUGCCUUUGUACAGUCUGCAUUCUAGCCUCAUCUCCUCGGGGCAAGGAACUGCUGCCAGAGCUGUAACUUCAAUGCUAUGACACUAGUCUUCCAGAGCCUAGAGAUUUCCUAAUUCACUACAGAUAUCACAGAUAUUAGUCAUCCCAAGACGAUCACUCUCUGUUUAAGUGAUGGUCUUCUGAACUGGAAUUUCUGCUUUUACCAGGGCGAGACUUGGAGGACCAGGUGCCAAAACAUGACUUGAAAAUAGUAGACAUCAGGGAAAAAAACAGAACGACUUUGACCAACAACAUUCCCUUUGUCUUCCCUUGAAUGUUGUUCAUUAAACAUAUAUAAACAGAUAUUUUUAAUAUUACUCUUGAAAGCCAUUUUUUACAUAUAUUCUUCAGGUACAAACGUAUUUUAUAGGAUUUUAUUGGAUGGUGCUCAUUGAUAUAAAUGUAUUUAAAGGUACCAAAGGGAAAAGGAAGCCAUUAGUGCCACAUGCUUGUCUGUGAUUUUUAUUGAAAUCUCUCUCCCACAUACUGUACUUGACCAAAAUCAGGUAAAUGUUUUUCCUUUUAAUGGUGAGGAUAAUCUAUCUGCUGUGGGUGCAAUGUGCAAUAACCUAUAAAGUUUAGUUACAGUAAAUUCAACAUGCAUUAAACACUCAGAACAAAGUAUUUUUGUCUAAAAAAUGUAAAAUAUUUUUAAGUAAUGUUUAGUUUUGUACAUCUGUAAAUAUAAACGUAUUUCUUAAGGAUGAUGUUUUAUGUAUUCUUUUACAAUUCCCUAAAUAAAACAAUAGUAUUUAAAUACAUUUUCUUUCACAAUGUUUCCAAAAAAAUGUGUUCUUAUCAACAUAUCAAUGUACAGUUUUUUUCAAUAUUGCUCUAGAAAGGAACACAUCUCUCAUUUUCCACUCUGUCCCUGACAGUUACAACCAAACCUGUCAAAAGAGGUUUAUAUAAAUGCCUAAAGAUAUUUUAACUACGAAAAAGAUUUUUACUGUGAUAGGUUCCCUUUAAGUAGUGUGAUGUCACUACCAUAUAUUUGUUUUUUGUUCUAAAAAAAUAAAUUUGUGUUCUUAUGUGUAAA